AUGUGGCUUGACCGCUUAGCUGCGGGCGCCGCCUCUCCCAGUGGCUCUCUCACUCCUUCGAGGCCAUACUCGCCCUCUCCGCGCAAGAGCUCCCAUCUCGCCCCUACUCAACGGCCAGGAUUUGGCCUGUCCGCAAGUAGAUCCUCGGCCUCUCUCGAUCUCAGUGCAAACAGUUCCACUGUAUCCCUUCUAUCGCCUCCGAGACUCGCCAAUGGGUCCUCGUUACGAUUCGAGCAGCGGCCUCCGCCCGAUGUUCCAGACCCUCUGAAGGUGCUGCGAGGUAUAUUGGGGAGAUCUGAGGAUGGCGCAGAUACGGACACUGGACCGGACAAGUUGGGCAAAACACAAGUCGUGGAAGUCGACUUUGGCGGUCUCACCCUUGAAGAAUUCGUCAAUCAAGAGACACCCUCACAGUCUGAAGCGGUGGGCCCUUCUAGCGAGAUUUCCGCCCGGGAGAAUAGGCAGAAAUAUGAAGACUUUCACAGUUCCAUUGCCGAAUGCGACCAAGUUCUUAGAACCGUGGAGUCAUAUUUGACUCAUUUCAAAGCAGAACUGGGGCAAGUCUCGGCGGAAAUCGAGAACCUGCAAUCUCGCUCCAUCCAACUGAACGCCAAACUUGACAACCGUCGUAAUGUCGAGAAGCUCCUAGGGCCUGCCGUGGAAGACGUAAGUCUUUCUCCGUUCACCGUGAGGACGAUCGCCGAAGGCCCCAUCGACGAGCAUUUCCUCAAAGCACUCCAUGAGGUCGAGGCGAGAUCCGCGAUGAUAGAAGCCAAAGAGGAGAAAUCAGAAAACCUCAAAGCCUUACAGGAUCUCCAGCCGUUACUGGAAAACCUCAAAGCCAAAGCCAUCGAACGGAUUCGUGACUACAUCGUGGCUCAGAUCAAGGCCCUACGGUCGCCCAACAUCAACGCCCAGGUAAUCCAACAACAGACCUUAUUAAGAUACAAAGACCUGUAUACAUUUCUGGCCAGAAGCCACGCUGUACUGGCAGAAGAGAUUGGACAAGCGUAUGUCAACACCAUGCGCUGGUACUACAGCAGUCACUUUGGUCGGUACCAUCACGCCCUUGAGAAGUUACAUCUUCAUGUUUUUAAUCAACACGAUCUCCUCGGGUCUGAUUCCGCCUCGGGAAGAAGAAACCUUGGAGGGUCUAGAUCAGCUCCGCCACAACAUGAUGCAUUUUCUUUGGGCAGGAGAGAAGACAUUCUGAAAACCAAGAACGACGCAGCCUUGCCUGCAUACCUGGUAGAAGACAGUAAGUCGGCACACUACCUCGAGGUUCCUUUCCGGAACUUCAAUCGAGCACUCAUCGACAACGUAUGCGGGGAGUAUUCAGUGGUGACCGGGCUCUUUUCCACGAGCACAUACCACCAGAUCUCUCGUCGAGUCACGGACAUUUUUGACCCUACCUUCGCCAUCGGCCACAACUUGACAAAGCAAUUGGUGGAAACCACAAACGAUUGCUUGGGCCUGUUGCUAUGUGUUCGCCUCAACCAACAUUUCGCCUUUGAGCUGCAGAGGCGCAAGGUCCCGGUCGCGGAUUCAUACAUCAACUUUACCAGCAUUCUUCUGUGGCCUCGUUUCCAGAAAGUGAUGGACUUGCACUGCGAGUCACUGAAGAAGGUGCCCACCAGCACGAGUCGCGGUGCUGCCGCGGCCUUCUCGCUCGUGGGCGGCGGAUCGGACGCGUCCAAGGCCUCGGUCGCUCCUCACGCCAUCACGCAACGGUUUGGACAGUUUCUUCAAGGGAUUCUCAUACUCAGUGCCGAAGCGGGCGAUGACGAACCGGUAUCAAACAGCCUCGGUCGGUUGAGGACCGAGUAUGAGACUCUGAUGGGAAAACUAGCCAAAGGAGCUGGAGAUGCGUCGAAGCGGGCCAAAUUCUUGUACAACAACUACAGUCUGGUGUUGACCAUCAUCAGCGACACCAGAGGCAAGCUGGCGGAGGAGCAGAAGGACCAUUUCGGCGGGCUGGUGCGCGACAUGACGAUCAGGUAG